UCCCAGCUGAGCAGAGAGCCCGAUGCCGGACUCGAUCCCAGGACCCUGAGACCAUGACCUGAGCUGAAGGCAGAGGCUUCACCGACUGAACCCCCAGGCGCCUCAAAACAAACCGUUGUUUUCAAACGUGAACGACUCAGUGGCAUUUAGCACAUUCAGAAUGUGCAACCAACCCCUUACUCAGUUCUAGAACAUUCUCCCCACUCCAAGCCCCCAUCCCGCUAAACCCAAGUUCCUCCCUCCUUCCCCCCGGCAACCAGCGACCCGCUUUCGGACCGUGUGGAUUUGCCGACUGUGGAUGUCGCACACACGGGACCGGGUGCUGUGUGGCCCUCUGUGACCCGCGUCUUCCCCUCGCUGGGAGGUGUCCAGAGUCCUCUGUCUCCUGGCAGGCGGUUCAUUCCUUUGGUGCAGAACGGCCUCCGCUGCAGGGACGGGGCGUCGAGGGGCGCUCAGUGCUGCCCCCUGCGGGCCUCGGGGUGCGUGCGCACGGGUGUGCUGGCGAGCAUCUUCGGGAGCAGAGUGUGUGACCCUCCGCCCUCAGUCCCAGUCGUCCCAGUCGUCCCGGUCUUGUGAACUCGGCCCAGGGGACGUUCCCCUGGACGGAGACACACACUGAAAUAGCAUCUCUACAAGCAGAACGCUGGGAUCUGUUCGGACUCCACCGCAGAUGGCCGUCGGGCGUUUCUGGCGUCCGCAGCUCAGGGACCUCACACGAAGCUACGACACAAGGGCCAGGAUGGAUGAGGACUUCUCCUCUCAGAUGAAGAAGAUGGCCUUGGCUAUGGGCACGUCCCUGUCGGACAAGGACAUAGAGCUGCUGCCCACGGACAUGAGGCAUCACGGCUCCUUCAACUACCUCAAGUUCCUGGAGUACAUGCAGAAGUUCCAGGCCUCGGGGCAGCUGGACAGCGCCAUCCGCCAGGCCUUCCAGACCCUGGACAAGGACAAGAGUGGCUUCAUCGAGUGGAACGAGAUCAAGUACAUCCUCUCCACCAUUCCCAGCAGCGGGCCCACCGCCCCGCUGACAGAUGAGGAGGCUGAGGCCAUGAUCCAGGCGGCCGACACGGACGGGGAUGGGAGGAUUGACUUCGAAGAAUUUUCUGAAUUGAUCAAAAAGGAGAAAGUUCCAAAGAAGAAGUAGUGUACGGCCAGCCCCUGGCCAGGGGAGGGGACCCCAUGGGCCAUCGUGGGACACCUGCAUGGCCGACCAAGGAGGCCAUAGGGGUGGACACAGCACGUGCCGGGAAAAUGGAAGAACAGCAUCAUUAAAUGAACAUC